AUGCCACUUUCACCGCUUAUACGUCCUCUAUCCCCGCUGCAGACGCAGUGCGCCCCUUUGCUGCCGGAGCCGUACUCUCUUGCCGACGUCAUUCUUCAGCCCUUUUCCGCGGCGACGUCGGCGACCCCCGCCGGUGUGUGGGAUGAUCACACAUCCUCCGUUGCUGUGGGUAGACCCACUGCUCCAGAGUCACAGCAUAGCCGCGUCGCGUACCCCUCUGCGCCUGGCGCUACCAAUGUGCUGCCCGUCGCCAUGUCGACGCCUGCACCACCCCUCCUUCUGGCUCACACACUGGCGCCAUCGUUUCACAGUAUGGUGGGUGACGCACUGAGUUCAGAGAUGCUGCGAGACAGCUACGCCGCUCAGCCCAAGAAGGAUCGUCGGCAGCACUCGGUUGUGGAAACUUUGCGAUGCGUUCCGACUGGCACCACUGCUUGGCCUGGGUCGCGUCUCAGCACUGACACAGGUGCCACAAAAGUGCCCGCUGCAAGUGAUGCGGUUCAUUUUGAGCACCCGAGGCGCACGCAGGCGCCAAGCCGGGCAUCAUCUUCCCCUAACCACCCCUACGUCAGCGGCACAACGGCGCGCUCCAGUUUUGCGCAUAGAACGCCAGCAGAUGAGGCUCUGCCUGCUGCAACGUCGUCAUCGUUGCUGCAUUCUGCGGCCACGACGGCGAUGGCGGCAGCACAGCCGUCUUAUGGCACUGCACUCUUGCGUAAGCGCUUGCCUGCUACGCAGGCGAGCCAAAGGGAACGCUGUCGCUUGCAUCUCCUGGCGCAGAGGCAGCUGCAGCGCUCUUCGUCCCAGUCCCUCUUCGACUGGCGUGCCCGCGGCAGAGCAAAGGUGGUGUCCCCUUUGUUGACGCUCUCGUCCUGUGGCGGUGCCUCAACUGCAGCCGAGUGCACUGAAAGGGACCCGAACAAGCCUUACCCCGCCGCGCCGCUCGCAGAGUUGGCGACGUGCUACCACGACACCUCAAUAAGUGAUUCCUCCUGUCGCCCCCAUAUGAUUUCGAUGGUGGCGUCUCCUGUUGUGGGGGAGAGCAGCAAAUCAGCAGAGACCAACGCUUCCGCAGGCGGCUGCGCGAGAAUCUCUCAUGCGCGAGUGGUGACUCCAUUUGCCAGCUCAACACUGUCGCCCGCCCACUCAGACGCAGCGGAAAAGACGAAGGAAGGGGCUUUCGUGGCACUACCUCGUUACUUCCCUCACUGCGCCUGUGGUAGGAGAGAGGAAGAAAAUGUGGUCGAAGGGGAGGACGGGGACACAUUCUUUGACGCCCCAUACGACCUGGCAAGAAAGGUGCUCCAAGCACUGCAGCCUGAGCCGAUCGCUGGGCCAUUACGCAGGCCAGCGCCGGAGAAGCAAGGGAAGACCCCCAGAAGCUUGACACCGAGCACGAGGUCCUCUGGUGGCGUUGCUAGUGCUCCUGCGACUGGAUCGCCAACGUCACCGGCUGCCGAGCCCUACCUGCCUCGCUACGUCUAUCCAGCCUUGGAAGAGUGUCGUCGUUUGCUACACGAGAUCCACCUCGCCAACCCGUUACUGCAUCGUUGCCUCGCCCCUCCGCGACCCCUGGGGACCUCCUCAGGCAGUGGCAGCUGUCGUGUUGCCACAGCUGCUUUAGCUCCUUCUGAAUGCUCGCAAGCGUGCGCAUCAUCAAACAACAUGCCUGUAUCAGCCCAGAGUGGCACCUUUCCCUCUCUUUCUGCAGCCACCACCGCUGUGGUUCCACCAAAGCAAACAACUCUUGCUCUAAGCUCUGAGGCGCGCCGGCUGUACCACUGGAACUCCACUUCCGCUGCCGAGGACCUCUCACUCAUGCACGAGCCGUUCCAACAGUCUUCGGAGCGCUUCACCAGCUCUAUGGCCCUUCAACUGCAGCGCCUUCAAGCUGUCGGAGCGCGCCUUUACGGUAACACCCAUGAUACAUCGACCUCUCAGGACGAAGUGCACGGGCCUGCUAGGCGGAGGUGGCGCUUGCCUUCUUCAGCGCCUUCAACCUCGUCCUGGAACUUUGUGGUGCCCCAUUUUGAUGUCGACCAGUGCAAAAGCGAGGAGAACAACGCCAACGAGUCGCCCUCUGGGCAGCUGCGGCGACUCUUGCGAGAGACGGAGGCGGCGCUGCCAUCCCUGCUGGGACGUGAGGCAGGCCCACCGCUUUCCACUACCCCCAACGCGGCCUUUACUACUCUUUUACCCUCAACAAAGAACAAUGCUCGCGGUGACAGGGAUGACUGCAGCCACAGCGCCCUCGAUGGUGCCCCCACGACCCACGCUGCCGGCAUGUCCACGCCGCUAGUGGGGAACCUGUUUCCCUUCCCAUCCAUCUGCGACUCGUUGACGCCAGCCCGACCACCGAUGCUAUCGUCCUCCCCAUAUGACGCGUAA